GCGAUCCCUGCUUUUAUUUUUCUUUCCAGACGGCCACGGUUGAGCACAAAAACAAACUUGAACCAGACGGGCUCUGGGUCAACACUUGAGCUCAUGUCCUCGUCUGAAGAGGAGGAAGUGAAGAUUUGUCACUGAAGAGAUUUUAUCUUAAUAUUUUCUCCAUUGUUGAAAAAAGGGGAAGGGCUCUGCCAAGAAAAAAACAACCAUUUGGAAAUUAAGUUAUGCGUCAGCGAGUGCGCACUUUACGCACAGCGCGCACCAUGAAACUUUAAGAUGUUGGAUCACUUCGCCGGUGUUGUUGUUCCUGUGUUAGACUGUAUUUCCUUUGUUGAUGUCAGCUCUUCAAGACUCACUGUAACCAUGUGUCGUGGUUAAAAACUUUACAGCGCGCACAAGCUUGAGGAGGUUAGCCCUGAAAUAGCAUGGGGGCCAAACCGAGCAGCACGGUAUUUGAUGGCAGAACUCGGGCUUAUUCCAGCUCUGAUCUCCCAUCUGGGAACCCCAGCGCAGGGGACAGGAUUGCUGGGUUUAGGUACACCAAUGGACCCGAUGGCCCCAGGAUCCGAUACACGGGAGGGGGGCCAACCAGCUCCGGGCUCAGUAUACCUACCGGCGGUAGGUCGGGAUCACACGUAGUUAAUCAACGUACCGAUGACACGGAUGGUGACGAUGAAGAGCCACCUGAGGGCCACAGGUUGCUAAUAGGGUCCCUACCUGCUCACCUGUCCCCUCAUCUGCUGGGAGGAUUCCACUGCCCUGUUUGCUCCAAGUUUAUGGCAUCAGAUGAAAUAGAGAAGCACCUGCUCAUGUGUUUCAGCAAAACACGCCUCACCUAUAACAAGGACAUCCUGUCCAGGGACUCUGGGGAAUGUUCCAUCUGCUUAGAAGAGCUGGAGCAGGGAGACACCAUUGCCAGGCUGCCCUGCCUCUGUAUCUAUCAUAAAGGGUGUAUAGAUGAGUGGUUUCAGGUGAAUCGCUCGUGUCCAGAACAUCCCGCUGAGUAGAAGCUGCAAAAGUACAGUUUCAAUCUACUGUACGUCUAUCUGUGGUCGACUGUGUGCCCUGACCUCAUCCCAACACUGUCUGUUCCAGCCGAGCAUCAGCGCUCAUCAGGGAUUGUUAAGACAUUAUUGUGAACAGGAUUAUUCAGAUUGUGUCAUGGGACAGCAACGGACUUUUGACAUUUUGCUCGAGGCUUCGUGGGAUGUUCAAAGAACCACUGGUGGAGUCAGUUUGUCUCCAGAAAAUACGUGAAUGUUCCUUACACCCCCUGCUGGCUGAAAAGUGUGCCCAUGCAACCUGGGAUCUUGCUGAACUGAACUGUUUUGCUGAACAGGGUGUGUUUUUUUUAUAGCAGAGGACUUGUGUACCCAAUAUAGUGGAAAAGUAAUGUCUCUUUUCAGUAGAGAUUUCUGUUUGAUGCCUGUUCAGAGACUUGAUCAGAAGGCUGAAGGCUGAUGGUGUGCAAUGUGAAGCCAUACAGAAUAAAAUAUGCCUAUAUCAGCUUUAAGGGAUGAUUACAGUGUUGAUGAUAGUAGAUUGUAUUUUGUCUGUUUGUUUUUGCAAAAUCGGCUAUCAAUAUUGUUUGUUAAACAAUGAUGCGUUUUAGACCAAAUAGUCUAACGUGAAAUAGUCAAGACUUUGUUAAUCACUUGGCCAUUCAGAACCACAGUAAUGUGAUUGCAUAGUUUAGUGGUGGAAUUAAAGAUAGGCUAAAACAUAUCUAACAAUGAUUCAUACUCUCUCUAAGGAGUGCCAUAAUAUGCUGCUAUGUCAUAGACUGGAAAUAUUUCCUAUAACCUUUGAACCUUUGUUUAUUGUACUUGUUAUUUGUACUGUAAUGAAUUGCACAACAAUAAAUGUUUUGUCUUUGUGUCUCUUUA